AAGCAGUGUGGCAGAUCCUUCAGUUGUUUGAGUUCCUUUCGAUAUCAUGGAAGGACUCACACUGGAGAGAAACCCUAUGCAUGUAAGCAAUGUGGGAAGUCUUUUGGAUGUGCCUCGCGACUUCAAAUGCAUGGAAGGACUCACACUGGAGAGACACCGUACAAAUGUAAGCAAUGUGGGAAAGCUUUUGGAUGUCCCUCAAACCUUCGAAGGCAUGGAAGGACUCACACUGGAGAGAAACCCUAUAAAUGGAAGAAUUUAACAUCUGACUUCAGAGCACUGAGACAUUUCUCCGGAGUAUAUGUUUUCCCAAAUAGGCCAUUCUCAGUUUACUACUUGAAUAAAUGCUUCAAAACUGGAAUCUGAUCUUUUCAAUUACUUCAAGUUGACAAGUACAAAGAAGGUGACUGCAUCACUGUAACCAAUCUAGUAUUUAAUCUGGUUUGGCUCCUCAUGCAACAUACUAUAAACCAAAAAUAUUUGAGAUGCUUCUGGAUCAACUGAGAAGUUUAUUUUCCCAAGGUUGAGAACAGGCCCAGAGGAAAUCAACACGGAAUCACAGAAACAGUCUGUGACUUUCUCCAAGGACAAUUUUGAGGACUUCAAUAUAUAAAGGGGAAAAGUGUGCUGGAUAGGUAAGAGGGAGGGUUAGUAUGUAAUCCACAUAUUGCAACAGAAAAGAAGCAGGCAAGAGAAUAGUCAGUUAGGUAUUUGUGUCUCAUCCAGUAAAUCAACACUUUACAUGAGAUACACAGUUUCCUGUGGAGAUAUAUAACUUUUUUUUUUU